ACUAGACACAUUAUUUGCUUAGGCCCCAAAAGAAAUAGUUCAUGGCAUCUUCUUCUUCACAAGUCACAACGCAGCCCAUGGUUUUGCUGCCUGAGUAGCUGAAUCACUCUCCAACAACACAAACAUCUUUCUCUUUUUCUUCGUCUUCUCAUUCUUAUUCUAUCUUCCCCAUAAAGCAACUUACGAGUUUCAUUUUCUCGAAAGAAAAAAAAUGGAUCCAUCGGCGUUGCUGUAUAAACAGCUCAAGGGUGCAAACCCGUUUUUCUUGCUAGCAGGUCCCAAUGUGAUUGAAUCAGAAGAGCAUAUUAUGCGGAUGGCUAAACACAUCAAGACUAUUUCCUCUAAAUUCGGAAUUCCAUUGGUUUUCAAAUCAAGCUUUGACAAAGCUAACCGAACAUCAUCAAAAUCAUUUCGUGGCCCGGGGAUGGUUGAGGGAUUGAAGAUACUAGAGAAGGUUAAAAUAGCAUACGACAUUCCUAUAGUGACAGAUGUCCACGAGGCCGCCCAGUGUGAACCAGUUGGCAAAGUUGCAGAUAUCAUUCAGAUUCCAGCAUUCUUGUGCCGCCAAACAGAUCUUCUAGUUGCAGCAGCCAAAACUGGGAAGAUUAUAAACAUCAAGAAGGGCCAGUUCUGUGCUCCUUCUGUCAUGGCAAAUUCAGCUGAAAAAGUUCGGUUAGCCGGAAAUCCUAAUGUGAUGGUUUGUGAGAGAGGAACAAUGUUUGGCUACAAUGAUUUGAUUGUUGAUCCACGUAACCUGGAGUGGAUGAGAGAAGCCAAUUGUCCCGUUGUAGCUGAUAUAACGCACUCGCUACAACAACCUGCUGGAAAGAAGUUGGAUGGAGGAGGUGUUGCAAGUGGAGGUCUUCGAGAACUAAUACCUUGCAUCGCAAGGACAUCAGUUGCCGUUGGGGUCGAUGGUAUCUUCAUGGAGGUGCAUGAUGAUCCGCUGAAUGCACCCGUCGAUGGUCCAACGCAGUGGCCUUUGCGCCACUUGGAGGAGCUACUUGAAGAGCUUAUAGCUAUUUCUAGGGUAAGCAAAGGGAAGAAGCAGUUUAACAUUGAUCUCACGCCGUUUCAUGAAUAAGAAGAAUGGUGAUAGUUGAGUAAUGCUGGAUAUAAUUUUCUGAGCAUUGUUCUUUAAAGAUUGUUCAAGAUUGAAUACAAAAUUAUCUUCAUUUCCUAGCACAAGUUCAAGUGCCUCAUAAGAAAGAUGGUUUUUAACCUAAAAACUGUUUGAUGAUCCAUGCUUGUAUCUCCAUGUAGUGAGACUACCAACUGUUGUUUGUCACUGAUCCUGUGUAGGCCUUGAUCAUGUCAGUUACUAAACAUGAGGCAAAUAAGUAUAAAAUAUAGGUAGAGUAUUGAUUAUGUCUCUUGUUACUUAAAUUAAUUCAGUACUUUGAUUAUUUAAUAUACAAAUUAUUAUGAACUCAAUUGAAAAGCUUCUUUUGACAGCCAA